AUGGCUACUAGCACUAAGCUUGUAGCUCUUGGCUUUGUUGUUCUCGUGAGCAUUGGGUUCACCAAUGCUUCGAGGAUGCUCGCUAGCUCUUCCAGUUCUGGAGGUGGAAGCGGGGGAGGCGGAGGUGGCUCGUCGAAUGGGACUGGGAGUGGAUGGGGCCAUGGGGCCGGAGGAGGCGGCUCGUCGAAUGGGACUGGGAGUGGAUGGGGCCAUGGGGCCGGAGGAGGUGGUGGCUUGGGAUAUGGCGAGAGUGGUGGAGAUGCCAAUAACAAGUAUAACUUUGCCAAGGGAGCUGGUGGAGGAGGGGGGAAUGGUGCUGGCGGUGGUUCUCAAGGCGGAUCCGGAUCUGGUUCCGGCUCUGGCGGUGGCAACGGUGUUGGUUCGAGUGGCUCGGCGUCAGCCCCUAGUGGCAGUGGGUACGCCAAUGCUGAUGGUCAGGGUGGGGGUGGGGGUGCAGGUGGCGGUGCAAAUGGGUCAAGCGGAUCUGGAGUUGGAAGUGGUGCUGGCAAAGGAGAAGCUGAGAGUGGAAUAGCAACUACCCCGGCUGUAGCUCCUUCUGCUGGUGGUGUCAGCUACUCUGAUGCUGGAGGUGCUGGCACUGGCGGUGGUGGUGGCGACGGUGGAAGUGGAGGUGGUAAUGGCGCUGGAGCUGGACAGGCUGCCAGCGAUGACACUUCUGGAGGCAAUGCCAGCGGAGGAGGUAGCGGCAACGGUGGUGGCCAAGGUGGAGGCGUAGCUCAAGGUCCAAGUAUGGGAGUUGGUUCUGGCUCUGGCAUUGGAGGCGGACAGACAGGUAGCACUGGCUCCUAUGGUCAAGGCUAUGCCACUGGAACCGGUGCUGGAACAGGUGGCGGUGGCGGCGGCAGCAACAAUGGUGGGUCCGGCGGCGGUGGAGGUAGCGGAUCCGGAUCUGGCAGUGGCGGAUACCCCUAA